GUUACAAGCAUCAACUGCUAUCAGCACAAUGUUAUUUAAAAUUUAUUCAGCAUUUAAAAAUCAGUGUUCGUUGGUAAUUUUUUAAUUGAUACAUUACUUAGAGGAAACAAACAUUGAGAUAUGGACGAAAGGCACUUUAUAUGGGACGAAGUAUACGAAGGGAUUGUAUCAUCAGGACCAACAGAGGCGGAAAGUAAAAAAAAGAAAGUUAAAAAAAGAAAGUCCGAGAAGAUUGAAACGAAGGUUUACUGUCCACACAAAGGUCUAAUUUUUGCAUUCAAGGAAUCACUGAGCUUCGCAGAACAGUCAAAGUUCCGCAAGCUCUACCAGCGCAAGCACGCCUCUGAGAUGGAUGUGGUGUUGCUCCAAGACGUCAAAGAUUUGGCUUUAUACUCCAUCGCCUCGCCGAUGAGCCUGGAGUUCAUUGGAUUCGCGCAUUUGGCAGUGGUGGACCGCUUUCUGCGAGCGCUUAUCUUGUACUUACAGCACUAUUUGGUCACCUGGACGGAGUUGGGUGCGAAACGUGCAGCGACAGCCAAACGCGCGGCUAAUCCUUUGGCUGGAGGCGCAAGAGUCGAACGGGCCAACGAGAUGAAAGCUCUACGAUGUCUUCUCGCCAGAGCGUAUUACGAUCUGUUAAUGGGUUGCGUCAGCCAGCUCAAAAAGUACCAUCACAUGGCUGCGGGAAGUAUGUCGUUUGUCCAGAGCAAGGGGGAGAAAGAUCUCAGGUUGUUCGAGGGUCUUAUACAGUUGGCUCAUAGGGUUGCCUGGAUCGCACUGGAGCGUCAACACAAGGAACUUAUAGAGUUAGAGAUACAUCGACUCUUUAGAACGGAUCCGUUCAAUACAGCUAAAAGGAAAUAUGCCGACAGUGGCAUUGAUUUGGAAGUGCCAGAAGACGAACAUUGGAUCCUUUACGGACCUAAAAUGCCUCCUUGCGUGAAGAUCCUUCAAAAUUCUCCUCUGAUUUAUGAGAUUUUGCGUACUAGAUGUGAUCACCGCAUCCUACUUCUGGGUUUAACAAAUGCAAAAUCUAGCGAUCCUCGUAUAAUAUACCUUGAAAAUGCAUUCCUUGCAAAAGAAGAGGAUUUGCCUAGACUAGGAAUCAAAGUCGGGAUUUUAGGUUUGCCUCGGACGGACUUUGACGUGAUCUUAAUACCCCGUGCGAGUGAGGAUGAUCAAGUGAUCGUUGAUGAUGCGGAUACCGAAAAAAUUGAAGGAGCUGAUGAUUAUGAAACAUUGAUACCUCCAUACGGCAGUGAUUUAGAGCUAGACAAACCGUUCCCUGUGAACAAAUCAAGUCAAUACGUGAACGGUCAUCAAAUUUGCGCUAAAAGCAGAAAAAAGUGGAUGGUACGAGAAAUGAGUCGUGCUGCUAUGAACUACGUGGAAACCUACUCAAUGGCCACUACACCGACUGAUCGCUAAAAGCUUUAUAAUGUCAGUACUCUGUACUUGACUAUGUUGAAAUGAUGUAUGGGAUACAAACGCUCGAAACAAAUUAAAAAUAUUUGAUUUUCUUUAUAUAUACUAGUAUAUUUCUUUUUCCAUAAACUGUAAAAAGUCCAUUUGUAUCGCGAUUACGUGUUCGUU